GUUAUCUUGCAGCUUUAUCGAUAUGCUUCAGCUCAAGCAACAACCAGCAGAAAUUCUCUUCUGAUAGAUGUAAUUGCUGCUUAUCAACGAUUCUGUUCUCGACCUCCCAAAGGAUUUGAAAAAUAUUUUCCUAAUGGAAAAAAUGGGAAAAAAACUAGUGAACCUCAAGAAGUUACGGGAGAAAAAAAAGAAUCAAAAACAGCUGCUACCCCACGCUCAUCUGGAGGAGGAGGUGCUGGUGGAGGAAAACGCCGCGGCAAGAAAGAUGAUUCUCACUGGUGGUCCAGGUUCCAGAAGGGUGACUUUCCCUGGGACGACAAGGAUUUCAGGAUGUACUUUCUCUGGACUGCUCUGUUUUGGGGUGGAGUCAUGUUUUACUUCCUGUUCAAGAGCUCUGGGAGAGAAAUCACAUGGAAGGACUUCGUCAAUAACUAUCUUUCUAAAGGAGUAGUAAGUAUUUAUGAAUUUGCGGCCACCAUGUUUCAAGAGGUGCAGUUCAGGAGAGAGCAAACACCCCUUGAUAUUCAAUAUGUGUGGUUUAAUAUUGGCAGUGUAGACACCUUUGAGCGGAAUCUGGAAACCUUACAGCAGGAAUUGGGCAUAGAAGGGGAAAAUCGGGUACCUGUUGUCUACAUUGCUGAAAGUGAUGGCUCUUUUCUGCUGAGCAUGUUGCCUACAGUGCUCAUCAUCGCUUUUCUCCUGUACACCAUAAGAAGAGGGCCUGCAGGCAUUGGGCGAACUGGCCGGGGCAUGGGUGGCCUCUUCAGUGUUGGGGAAACCACAGCCAAGGUCUUAAAGGAUGAAAUAGAUGUGAAAUUCAAAGAUGUGGCUGGUUGUGAGGAAGCCAAGCUGGAGAUCAUGGAAUUUGUAAAUUUCUUGAAAAACCCAAAGCAGUAUCAAGACCUAGGAGCAAAAAUCCCAAAGGGUGCCAUUCUCACUGGUCCUCCAGGCACGGGGAAGACACUGCUAGCUAAGGCCACUGCUGGAGAAGCCAACGUCCCCUUCAUCACUGUUAGUGGAUCUGAGUUUUUAGAGAUGUUUGUUGGUGUGGGUCCAGCAAGAGUAAGUCUUGUUCUUUUCCUCAUUUUCCUUAUCCCCGUUUAUUCUCCCCACAUGUUGACUUGGCAAAGAUGCCCCUGCCCUCAGGGUCUCCAAAGGAACCUCCCACCGGUCACUGCCUUGAGUACUAUGGACAAGCUUGCAGCAAGGCCUGUGACUUCAACUCACCUUCCCAGACCAACCAGAACACAGUUUGGAAUAGUAAGAACAGUUCGGGUUUGUGACUCAACCAUGUUAAAUGUAGCUGGGGCCUUGGGUGCUCAUCCUUCUCCACAGAUGCACUUAUUCUCUGCCCCAUGCUGUUUAAUCCGUUGCAUUUUCACUAUCAUCUUUUCAGGUUUUAACACAACAACAAACGUAGUCAUUUUGGCGGGCACCAACCGACCAGAUAUCCUGGAUCCAGCGCUGAUGCGGCCAGGGCGCUUUGACAGGCAGAUCUUCAUUGGUCCACCAGACAUAAAAGGAAGAGCCUCUAUUUUUAAAGUUCAUCUCCGACCACUGAAACUGGAUAGCACCCUGGAGAAGGAAAAGCUGGCCAGAAAACUGGCCUCUUUAACUCCAGGGUUUUCAGGAGCUGAUGUUGCCAAUGUCUGUAAUGAGGCUGCUUUGAUCGCUGCAAGACACCUCUCUGAUUCCAUAAAUGAGAAACACUUUGAACAAGCAAUUGAGCGAGUGAUUGGUGGCCUGGAGAAAAAAACCCAGGUUCUGCAGCCCGAGGAGAAGAAGACAGUGGCGUACCAUGAAGCAGGUCAUGCGGUUGCUGGCUGGUAUCUGGAGCAUGCAGACCCUCUCUUAAAGGUUUCCAUCAUCCCCCGUGGCAAAGGAUUGGGCUAUGCUCAGUACCUGCCCAAGGAGCAAUACCUAUACACCAAGGAGCAGCUCUUGGACAGGAUGUGCAUGACUUUAGGCGGUCGUGUCUCUGAAGAGAUCUUCUUUGGAAGAAUCACAACUGGUGCCCAGGAUGACCUGAGGAAAGUCACUCAGAGUGCUUACGCCCAAAUUGUUCAGUUUGGCAUGAAUGAAAAGGUGGGGCAGAUCUCCUUUGACCUCCCACGUCAGGGCGACAUGGUAUUAGAGAAGCCCUACAGUGAAGCCACCGCCAGGCUCAUAGAUGAUGAGGUGCGGGUGCUGAUUAAUGAUGCCUAUAAAAGAACCGUCGCCCUCCUCACAGAGAAGAAAGCCGAGGUGGAGAAGGUUGCUCUUCUAUUGUUAGAAAAAGAAGUAUUAGAUAAAAAUGAUAUGGUUGAACUUCUGGGCCCUAGACCAUUUGCAGAAAAGUCUACAUAUGAAGAAUUUGUGGAAGGCACUGGCAGCUUGGAUGAAGACACUUCUCUUCCUGAGGGCCUGAAGGACUGGAACAAGGAGCGGGAAAAGGAGAAAGAGGAGCCCUCCGGCGAGAAAGUCGCCACCCAGAUGCAAGGGUGGAGACCGUUUUAGUGUUAGUGUAUGGGCCUGUGGGUUUCCAGUUGCACAUUGUUCCAGCCCUGGCUUUCAGAAGAGUUACAGCACUGCUCAGUGGAUACAGCCAGCUGCUGAGCCAGCAGCCGACCCAACUGGAAGUGUGGGUGGAGGGGCACCCCAGCCUCUCCUUAGAAGGUCGGGGAGAUCACUGUGCCAUGGCCUCUCUGCCUCCAGGCCAGUCCCUGGUACACCAACAACAAGCCAGGCAGGAGGCAUCUGUGGGAUCUCCACAACAAGGGAAGAGGAGAUUCUUCUCUUUUCGUCACCCAUUCUUCAUUCCUGUUUCUCUUGAGUUUCUUUCUGCAGAUGGACUUGUGAGAUUAAAUUGGAGUACUGAUAAGAUUUUGAUUUGACUUAAUAUUUUGAAAACUUGAUCGAGAUCACUUGUUGCUUUUUAACAAUGUUUUUUCUAUAGAGAACUGUAACAUAUUUAAAAAUGUGAAUGUAUUAUAUAAAUAUGGCUUCGUUACACCAAAAAUAAAAUGUAAACACUGUAUUUUUUUCCUGAAUGCACAAAGAUCACUGUUUAUGUUUGGUUACUUUUAGAAAACAUGACAAGAAGUCAAAUGUA